AUGUUCUCCAGUAAUGUCGCAGCUCACCCCUCUGUCGCUGCCUUGCGAAACCCACGUCGGCGGCAGAGAAGCAACGCAGAUGAGUCGGUGAAGCCCCCCAAAGCAAAACGACAACGCUCAACGUUGCGCCAGGAUGACAGAGAACCUGCUGUGGUCAAACACUUUGGCGAGGCACAGUCGCUACAGGUUGACGAGAAUGGGCCGGAGCAGAUUUCAAGUCGACCGGUGACAGUGAGCGAACUCGCGCUGAGAGCACCUAGGAAGCAGGAGAAACGUGGAGAUCUUACGGACGGUACUAUUACUCUUUCCAGCAACGACUUCUACACCGUUUCGCACCUACCUUCGUUACCUGAGCAGAUCAAGGAAAACCCGACAGCUCGUCGAAUGGAUACUGCCUUGCCCUUUCGCAACAUGAAGCUAUCGUUUGGCCGUACACAAUCCCCCCCCAGUCCCUCACUCCAAGCACCGUCCUUCAGUUUGCUAUCCCGUGCCCGGCGAGGCAUUCCGAUGACCCUCUUCCCUUAG